AUGGUCCAGGAUUUGGGCUCUGUCCAAGGACCAGCACCAGCUUACAGGUCUGCGGCCACCUUGCAGAUUGGCGACGACACACACUGUGACACGCAGCCCUGGAGGGUACGGGGCCUGCGUGGAGGAAGCUCCCAUGCGAGGGCGGGCUCGGCGGGACGCAGAUGCGCGCGACACAAGGAUUUGAGUGCCAGCGCCCCGGGACGCGGCCUCGGGGUCUCCACAGCAGACACUCCACAGCAGUGCGAGCGGGGCUCGCACGGCAACGCUGCGGCACCAGCUCGUGCAUCGAACUGGCAACGAGGAGGGAGGAGCAGUGCCGACCACGAUGCGGCGCCCAGUCCCCGCGUACCACGCCAGUCCAGAGUCUGCAUCCCGGCCCGCUCGGCCCCUCUAAUCUCCUGUCCCCACGAGCCGUGCCCCGUGUCCCGGCCCCCAACCCAGUCCCCGCGCCGGCGUCCCCCAGCCUGGUCCAGGCUCCACGGCACCCGAGGCUGGAGCAGGCGGCAGGCGCUUCCCCCGGCCCGGGCCUCCUCCCUGCCGCCUUCCCGCCUUCCCGGUUUGAACUCUGCCCGCCCCGCCCAAGCCCCGGCCCCAGCCCUGGCUCCGGCUCCGGCCCCCGUCCCGCCGCCACGCCAGUCCCCGCCUCGGGCCCGGCAGGCCGCGCGGGCCUCGGGCGCUCCAUGCCAGGUGGCGCGGCCAGGGCGGGGACGGGAGGGCAGCGCCGCCGGGGCCGGGCCGGGCCGCACCACUACCUUCACUCAGCUCGCCCGGGUCCCGCCGCGCCGCCGUCACCAGCCGCCAUCUUGGAGAGGGAGCGCGCGCGCCGCUGGGCACCUAGUCGAGCGCCGAGCGUCGCCGCAGAGCGAAAGAGCGAGCACCGAGCGCAUCGAACUCGGCGGUGGCGAGCUCUGCCGAGCCUGCGCUGUACUCGCCUACCUGGGGCUCUGUGAGCUUUCGGUCUUGCAAAAUUCCGGCUACUCAACGAGGUUAACGACUAUUUCCAGAGACGUGGUCUCCUACACUCAGAAGGCAAUGGACCAGCACUAGUGUGACAGGCUGCUUAGUGACUUGUGAGGUACCCAUCGCUGGAGGAGUCCAAGCUGGAGCUGCAGACCUCAUUACUUCGGAGCAGACGACUGGACAUUCAGAUUGGCUUCAAGUGUUGUGAACCCCAUGCUAAGUAGGUAAAAGUAGUACAGGCAGUCAGACAGGGCAAGGCCCUCGAAGGAGUCAGUGUAGAAGAUGGAAACACACAACAGUGGCUGGCGGUGCCUCUGUUGAAGGCGAGGCCUCAAGAUAGAAGAGGGAAUGAUCAGGCUUAUGUGCUCCCCAAGGGAUAAGCAGUAUCACCUGAUCCAAUAGUCUAGAUAGACAUCAGUCACCCUAAUGGGUGACCAGGACCUCCGAUUCAUCCUUUCCUAAAGAAGGUCUAUGUUCUUUCCAUGUACACUUGCUGUUUGAUCUGCUUCCCCAUUGGAUCAACAUUACCUAAACAGCUAUCCAGGUAAUUUUAUUGGUUUAUCAUAGUUUUGACCUGUUGUACACACCUUGUGAUUUUGCUCUGUAAAACUUCCUUUGAGAAAUGGGCUGGUUAGAAACCUACUUUCAGGUCUCCUCUAGUCCCUCUGAAUAAAGUUUUCCUGCUCUCAA